AUGGCUCAAAUAAGUGUGGUGCAUUACAAUCCCAUCAGCAAGGGCAACGUCUUGCAACAGAACAACGUCAGCAACCAGCAGAACGACAGGCAGAUCAUAGUAUUAAGGAAACCUCAACACAUCUUACCGCAACCCAAAGAACUCAGUAAGGAUGAUAUACUCUUGACAAACAAUGCAAAGAAAAAACCAAAGACUGGUAAGGAGAUCAAGACUAGCCCUCAACCUGUUGCUGUGGCGAGGAGAAACGCUAGAGAGAGGAACAGAGUCAAACAAGUGAAUAACGGUUUCGCUAACCUUAGGCAGCAUAUUCCUAAUUUUAUAGCUGCUGCCUUCGAGAAUACCAGCGGAAGAGGUGGAAAUAAGAAGCUUAGCAAAGUGGAAACUCUUAGAAUGGCAGUGGAGUACAUACGCAGUCUAGAAGACCUUCUAGCUAUGGAUGGAGAGGGUGGCGAAACUGCGGAGAAUAUCUCUUACUCAUACCAACUGUUAUCUCCCCCAGCCGAAGACGACGACAUGACCUCAACAUCUACACCACUUUCCCAACAGCAAUUCAUCAAAAUCAGUACCUCAAACUCUUACCAAAUUAUCCCAACCUUUAUAUACAAAAACGAAGAAAACUUAGAUCCCUCCAUAGUAGACGAGCACAUUCUCUCUGAUCCUGGUCUUAUGGACCCGAAUUUAGAAUUCAGUCAGGAUCUUUCCUAUCUUAAUGACAUCCACACUACCUCUUCCCUGUCUCCGGGGAUAUACAGUGACACUUCGCUUUCACCAAGCUCUUUGGACAAAAGUGAGCAGAACUGCUUCAUACCUGUGUUCAAUACUCCUCCUCAAGAAAGACUGAGUCCUAAUUUCAAUGUACAAAUAAAGACGGAAAAUAGUGAAUUGCCCGUGAUUUCCCUCAAAACUGAACACGAGUUGCCCGACGAUCAGAAGGAGAACAUAGCAGACGUGUUGCAGUGGUGGGAAGAGCAACCGCAAAAUGCCGCCAGUUAG